GAAGCUGCAAGGACUUUCGGGAAACCGGAAGGACCUCCCCGCCCGCCCCCUCCUGGCUUUUUCCGCUUCCGCCUAGGCUGAGUUGAGGUCGCCGCCAUGACACGCUUCCCGUUCAUCGAUAUUGGUGUCAACUUGACUGAUCCUGUUUUUAGAGGAAUUUAUAGAGGGAUUCAAAAACACCAAGAUGAUUUCUUGGAUAUAAUAGAAAGAGCAGUCCAAACUGGUGUUAAAAAGUUCAUGAUUACAGGUGGAAGUCUACAAGACAGUAAAGAUGCUCUGAAUUUGGCAAAGACAAAUGAUAUGUUUUACAGCACAGUUGGAUGUCAUCCUACCCGCUGUGGAGAAUUUGAAAAGAAUGAUCCUGACCUUUAUUUAACUGAGCUGCUAAAUCUUGCUGAAAAUAAUAAAGGAAAAGUUGUAGCAAUAGGUGAAUGUGGACUGGAUUUUGAUAGAUUGCAGUUUUGUCCUAAAGAUACACAACUCAAGUACUUUGAAAAACAGUUUGAACUGUCAGAACAAACAAAGCUACCAAUGUUUCUUCACUGUAGAAACUCACACACUGAAUUUUUGGAUUUGAUGAAGAAAAAUAGAGACAGAUGUUUGGGAGGAGUGGUACAUUCAUUCGAUGGCACAAAGGAAGAAGCAGCUGCGUUAAUCGAUAUGAAUCUUUACAUAGGAAUUAAUGGCUGCUCACUGAAAACUGAGGCCAACCUAGAAGUAUUAAAAUCAAUACCUGGUGAAAAAUUAAUGAUAGAGACUGAUGCUCCUUGGUGUGGAGUCAAAAAUACUCAUGCAGGAACAAAAUAUGUAAGAACUUUAUUUCCCACAAAAAAGAAAUGGGAAAGUGGGAAUUGUUUGAAGGACAGAAAUGAGCCUUGUAAUAUUAUGCCCUUCCAUAUGUAGAGCACAGGGCUUCAGAUAUAGUGCAAUGGCAGCUGCUUGCCCAUAUUUGGUUAUUCUGACAUGGAGCCUGGGACAGUCUCAUCCAUCCUCAAGGAAGAGGAAGGAACCUUACUCUGAAUUUAUCCUAGAAGUUGACAGAAUUUGUUAAAACUUUGGAAUCCAAACAUAAAGCAGUAAAACCCUUUACCAGGUGCUCCAUCUGUCAUUUUGUGAUGCUUUCUAGUUACCAAUGCAAUUUAACAAAGUCAUUCUGGUAUUAAAAUUACUCAGAUCCUAUAAACACUGAAAACUAUCUUGAUUCAAAUUUUGUUGGAUUUGUGUUAAGAGUAUCCUUGUGGACAGACAAACCAAAUUAUAGGUAGAUUUGGACCAAAAGUAUGGGGAUUGCUGGCAACAGUGGAUAUGUAUUAUAAUAGAACAAGUCUCUGCUUCACCAUAUUCUUGUUCAACAUUUUAGAGGUGUAGACAGCAUGUUUUUUGAGUAGAUAACAUGAAGAUAAAAGAAAUAGCUAAUAAGAAUGAGGGCAAAUCCAGAUCCCAAGGCAGAUUUUGAAUGAUUGUUCAACUGUAAUAAAAUGAAAAUUUAAUGGAAUUAAUUGAAACAGACUAAUUUGCAGUUGAAUCAACUAUAUCAAUCAGAACUGGAAAAAAAGUUUAAAAAAUCAAUACCAUUACUAUGAUCUUUGGCUGCAUUUUUUAAAGAACAGCAUCCAAUAAGGGAAGUUAUAAUUCUCUUGUAUUCUGCCUUGGUUCAGCCACAUCUGGGACAUUAAGUUAGGUUUUAUGUGUUGUAUUUUAGGAAUAUAAGCUAGUGUGCAGAAAUUGACCAGAAUGACAGAAUUUGAAGUCAUGUCAUUGGGUUAAAAAACUUAAGAUUCUUAUUUUCAGGGCAGGUAGAAAAAAGAAUUGUUUGCUUUCCCACUAAGAAGAGCAGAAGUUGGAUGAUUGUCAGAAGUUAUAAAGGGUCUGGUAUGAACUAGAUUGACUGAUCUGAGGCCCUAUCCACAAGAUUAUAAGAUUAUAAAACUUCAAGAGACCUGAGAAAUAAUCCAGUCCACCUUCCCUCCCUGACUUUACAGAAUAGGGAAUAGACACCCAGGGUAACAUAGGUUGAGUUGGAGAGCCCUGAUGCAAAGCUAGUCCUCACAACUCCAAUCAAGGGCUUUUCUACUACAAUAAGCUGUCCUUUAUCACAUGACAAUAAGAUUCUUUCCCCUUCUGAACUAUGAAAACAGACUGUGCCACUCACUACACGUGCUGACUUCAUCUUAUUUUGUGUGGUGUAAAGAUAGGGACACCAUGUUGUGUAUCUCUUUAUAGUUCUAUCCAGUUAUUUGAAUACUCCCCUGCAACAUCUUCAAAUUAUGAUCUUACUAAACCAUAAACUCCUCAAGGAGAAACACUGGGUCAUAUCUCUCUGAAUAUCCUGCCUCCUGGAUCCUCCUCCCACCAGGACUCGGCAAUUUAUGGGACCAAAGAAUUUAAAGAACAUUAGAGAUCAUCCUAGAAAUGCUUUUUUUAUGGGUAAGCAAACUUCAAGUCCAGUGAGUUAAAGGGAUCCAUCCAAGAGUGGCUGUGAUGAGAGAUGAGUACUUACACCCCUCCAAACUGUGCCACCAAUAAUAAUACUAUUUACCUAGAGUUCCAUCCAAUUGUUUGAAUACCCCCUGCAAAGAAAAUUUAUUCAAAUAUCAUUGACAAUAUAUUUGUUAAUAAUAAGCAAGUAUAGAGGGAUCCUAAGAUAUAUGUAGAUGGUCCACUUUAAAAUUUAAGAAAUACUUUCAGCUCAUCAGUUUAAAUGGUUGUUCAAGACCUAUACUCUGCAUGUUUAGUACUGACAAUUAGAAGAUGUUUGUGCCAUUGUUAAGGGACAAACACUAAUCUUAAUCCUUUUCUCAUAACCCCUUGGGGGGGAAGAUGCUCAUUAAAAGGACAAGACAAAAUAUUAAGGGGACUUGCAUUUUCUUUCUAACAUUGAAAAAAGUUUAGUUCUAAAACCAAUUGUACCUGUAGUAUUACUUGGGGAAAUGAUGGAGCUAGUUGCUGCCCCUGAUGGUAAGAAUUAGAGAAAAGUUAGUAAGUCUCUUUCUCAAUGUGUGGAAAAAGAAACAAGAACACAUCCCAAACACCACUUCCUAAAUUGCUUCAAAUAGUCAUAGGUUCUAUAAAGCAAUUGCUCCUUAUGAAUUUUGCAGGAAUAGUUUUUGAAAAAAAUGAGGCAAUCAUUUAGUUGGCAAAAGAAGGAUACCUUUAAAAGUUUCACUUAUGGAAGUUAUCCUCAGUUUUUUAUAUCCAUUGGGCUAUUAAAUAGGAAGAUACUUUGACAAUAUAUUUUUCUGGGAGUCUAGUGUUUAAUUCAGCUUAUUCAUACAGUCUCUUGUAUCUCAUUAACUGCUCCUACCCCUAUCUCAUCCCUCCAUUUUUGUAGGGUAUUAGUCUUCUUUUUUUUGAGAUUGUAGUAAACUACUGAGUGGAAUUUAGUUCGGAACAACAGUUUAGUAGUACACUUCAUUAAUACCACUAAAAGUACAAAAAUACUGAAGAGUUGACUUUUUAAAUCAAAUCAGAAAUUUUAACUAGUUGAUAAGAUUCUUUUGAGUAAAAGAAGAAAUAAAAUGGCUUCCUCUAUGUAAAAAUGAUCAUUAUUAGUAUACUCACUCAAUUUUUAAUUUAAUACUUUAAAUUCAAUUCUUUUCUAAUCUACUGGGGGGGGGUAUGUU